AUUCUGCCAUGUUGCCUGCGAAUAACGCGAAAAUCUCUGGAGAAAAGAACCGAAACCAGUCGUGGCGCGGAUUCGAAAGAACAUGAACCAGACAAAUUCUAAGAAACCCUAAUCUCCUCUUCUGACUUUGUCGUUGAAUUCCUCUGGCGUGAAGAUUGGUGCGCAAGCUAGGCUAGGAUUAGGGUUAGGGUUUUGAUUCUUCGGCUACUCCUGUUCUCUGGGAGGUGAGCGAGGAGGAAAUUGGGGUCGUAGUCGUCUUAGAGGCUGGGGCUUGAGGGUUAGGGUUAAGACUUUUCUUUGUAUGGACUUGGCGGGUGAUUGUGUGAGUGAGUUGUGUCUGUUAUGAACGUUGACCCAUGCCAGCGGCCGAAGAAGAUGAUGGGUAGGGGAGCGGCCGGAGGUUGCGGUACCGGGGAGAGGCCGUACCGCCCAUUUCGCGGGUCGUCCCUCAAGGAGAAGUGGAGCAAUGGCGACGCCGUCGAGGACUCGGGUUCGCCGGAAAUUGGUUUCUUAGCUCAGGCGAGCAAAACUCUGUGCGAGAGGUCGCCAUUUGAUGUUCCUGAAGAUGGGUCCACUUCGGGGCUAAGUGUUCCUACUCUGCCCAUUGGGUUAGCGAACUUGUGGAACCAUUCUGAUAGCAGGAAACGGCACAAGAAGUCUCAUUCUGGUACAGAUUAUAAGAAGAAGAAGAAGACGUCGAGGCAAGGGGAGAAGUUGCGAGUUGGGAGCAUUUGGGUCGAGCACGAAGAUUACUUUAGGAACAUAGAUUUUCCUGAUAUAGAAACUCUGUCGGGUUUGGCGUCUUUUCGAUCUUUAUGUUCUAGGAAUUGCUUUUCAGUGCCAUUAAUGGGAUGCGAACCCUUUAGGACGGGACAGUGUGAAAUUGAUGGGACUGAAAAACUUGUGAAGAAUGAGGAUGUUGUUAGUGCAAAUGAUGUUGUUAGGGAAGAAGCGAAUAAUUGUGUUGAAGAGGAGGUACACGAAGGUUAUGUUGAAGAAGAAACGGUCAAAGAAGAUGUUGAACAGCCAAUGAAUAUUGACAAUGCAGGGGCUGAAAGCGUGCAGCGGGAUGAUAAUCCCGACAACAUCUGUUCUGAGACAGAUUAUUCUGGUAGUUUAGAAUGGAUUUUAGGUUGUAGAGAUAGGAUUUUGUUGACAACAGAAAGGCCUUCGAAAAAGCUGAGACUUCUGGGUAGUGAUGCAGGUUUAAGAAAACUAAUGGUUGUCUGUCCUUCUGAAGGGGAUGUGUUGUUAUGUGACUUUUGCUGCACUGGUGAUGCCAAGGAGUAUCCUGACCUAUUCAUCGUUUGCAAUUCCUGCAAGGCAACAGUUCAUAAAAGAUGCUACGGUGUGCAUGAGGAUGUAGAUAAAUCGUGGUUGUGCACUUGGUGUAAGCAGAAGAAUGGUCAAAGUGAUUUUGAAAGACCCUGUGUGCUGUGUCCAAAAAAGGGUGGUGCCUUGAAACCUGUUGUUACAAAUACUGAGAAUGGAGGGCUUGCUGAGUUUGCUCAUCUGUUUUGUUCUCAGUGGAUGCCCGAGCUGUAUAUAGGAGACUUGAAGAAAAUGGAACCUAUUUUGAAUUUUUCGGGAAUAAAAGAAACUCGAAAGAAGUUGGUGUGUAACUUGUGCAAGGUGAAAUAUGGUGCUUGCAUUCAGUGUAGUAAUGGAACAUGCCGAACAUCUUUUCACCCUACAUGUGCUAGGGAGGCAGGAAAUAGGCUAGAGGUCUGGGGAAAACAUGACCGUGAUAUUGUUGAAUUGACGGCUUUCUGCUCUAAGCAUUCAGAUGUUCAGGAGGGUGGAAGGUCUCUGCGGAGAGGAGGAGAAAGUAAUAUUGCUGACAGUCGUUCUCUUGUCUCUCAUCUUCCUUCAAAAUUUAUUAAGGAAGGCCACCUGAUUGAUGCUAAUAUGUCAGUUAAUGCAGGAAGGUCUGGUACGAAUUUCGAUAUAUCAGGAAAUAGUGAAUUACUAGAGACGGAAUCACCUCACUCGAAAUUGAGCGGGUCUAUGCCGGACAGUGUAGAAUCAGGGAUGUCUGAGAAAAGCGAUUUCAAUGAAAUAGCUUUAUCUGAGUCUCUUAGUUUUGGAUUGAUUCUGAAAAAGUUAAUUGAUCGAGGGAAAGUGGACGUUAAGGAUGUGGCUGCAGAGAUUGGCAUAACUCCUGAUGCAUUGUCUUCCAAACUUACAGAUGGGAACUUGAUGCCUGAGUUGCGAGGCAAAAUAAUCAAAUGGCUUGGCAAGCAUGCUUAUAUUUGUACUUGGCAUAAAGGUGGAAACGUCAAAAGUAAUGACAAUAUCUCAAUCAAGUCUGAGUCCAAGACAGCUGUAUUUUCAGAGGACAUAGCAAUGCGAGAAUCUGAUAUCUCCGAUCCUGCAGUUACAGAGUCAGUCUAUUCAGAGCGAAAAAAUAAAAGCAAAAGACAUAAUAAUAAUAAUACUAAUUAUGCAAUAAUAUGUGCAUAUGCUGAUAAUAGCCUUGGUAAUGGCAUUGUGGAUGAUGAAGUUAAAGCCGAACUAAUCAAGGAAGAAGAGAGUAGUGUGGAUCUGGCAUCUGAACAUUCUGAAGACAAGAAAUCAAUUGUGCUUGAUGGGAAGGAACAUCAUGAGAAGAGUUCAGUAAACCAUAAUGAUAAUCAAGCCAAACCAUCAAUUUUCAGUCGUCUUGAGGGAGUCACCCUGAUGAAUACUUUCUCCCUGGGGCAUAACCCUUCUCGUAAUCAUCAAAGGGCUAUCUCGGAUCUUCUGAAUAGUGAAACAAAUUCUGGGCUUAAUAUUCAUCCAUAUAUCCGCAGAGAAUUGUCACAAAUGUGCAAGGGUGUGACUCCAAAUGUCAGCAUUGAUUCUGAUGCCAAUGGGAAUACUUCCAAAUCUGAUGGUUCUGAAGGAGAAGUCAAACAUCCUCACAGUUUUUCCAGUGGCACUAUCUGUUGCAAUCACCAGAAUCAGCACCCAGAUUGCAACAACACGUUUUGUCUGUUAUCUAAAGCUAGCAAUUUGGGUAUACUGGAUCUUGCUCCUGAAGAUGAAGUGGAAGGGGAACUGUUAUAUUCUCAGCUUCGGUUAAUUGGCAAUGCAGCUAUAAGAAUGCAACUCUGUGACAAUUUAGGCUUUGAAGUUGCUAAGAAGUUGCCAUUGGAGAUAGAUGAGGAGCAAGGACAGAGAUGGGAUUGUGUCCUUGUUAACAAGUAUUUCUAUGACCUGAGAGAAGCAAGGAAGCAAGGUAGGAAAGAGAAAAGACACAAGGAAGCCCAGGCUGCUCUAGCACAACAGGAGAACUUUGCGCAGAUGAGCGCCUCUAGGCGCAAGGCUGGUGGUGUCUCUCACCCAGUUCCUCAGGCGAAAGAAACACUUUUGAAGACGGCUCUCUCGGGGACACCAUCGGAAAAGCUGUCGGAUCAAUGUACACCGGAUUUUUCAGUAGAAAAUUCACGAUCUUGUGACAUCUGCAGACGGUCUGAAACUAUACGGAACUUGAUAUUAGUUUGCUGCAGCUGCAAGGUUGCAGUUCACUUGGAUUGCUACAGAUCUGCUAAGGAAUCUUCUGGUCCUUGGUACUGUGAGUUAUGUCUGGAAUUGUCUUCAUCUAGAUCUUCUGGGCCUCUCAAUUUCUGGGAAAAGACCUCUUCUACAGAGUGUGCUUUCUGUGGUGGCGCAACUGGUGCUUUUAGGAAAGCCACGAAUGGGCAAUGGGUCCAUGGAUUUUGUGCUGAGUGGGUCUUGGAAUCGAGCUUCAGAAGGGGUCAGGUGGAUCCUGUCCAGGGAAUGGAGUCUGUACCCAUGAACAUGAACAUUUGUUGUGUAUGCCGACAGAAACAUGGUGCAUGCAUCAAGUGUAGUUAUGGUAAUUGCCAGACAGCAUUUCAUCCUUCCUGUGCCAGAAGUGCUGGCCUCUAUAUGAGUGGUGGUGGGAAGCUUCCACAUAAGGCAUACUGCAAGAAGCACAGUGUGGAGCCGAGGGCAAAGGCUGAAACUCAGAAACAUGGUGCAGAGGAGAUGAAAAAUCUCAAGCAAUAUAGGGUUGAGCUCGAGAGGUUACGCCUUCUGUGUGAACGGAUAGUCAAGCGUGAGAAACUAAAGCGUGAGCUCGUCAUUUCCUCACAUGAAAUACUUGCUGUCAAAAGAGACAAUGUUGUCCGCUCAUUACUUUCAAGCCGUAGGCUUUUCCCUCCGGAAGUAUCUUCAGACUCAGCUACAACUUCAGUUAAAGGGCAUCCAGACAGUAACAAGUCUGGGAGCGAGGCGAUACAGAGGUCAGAUGAUGUAACUAUUGACAGCACUCUCUCUGUGAAGCGCCGAGGAAAGGGUCCCAUUUUAAUGGAUUUGGAUCAGAAAAACGAUGACAGUGUGACCUCCAAGACUCGGUUUUCCCGUAAGCCCACUGAACGAAAAACGCUUUCCGGGAAGACAAUUCCUCGUAGACAUUAUAUAGUCUCGCCUACUGUUUCAGGAGAUGGAAAACCCAAGAAGGAAGUAGAAACAUUCGCGAAAGAGAUGGUGAUGACAUCAGAUGAAGCGACAAUGAAGAAUCGACGUCUGCCAAAAGGGUAUUUCUAUGUACCUGUGGAUUGCCUCCAAGAGGAUGGUAAGCCGGCAGCCAACCAGGAGGACACUGGGGAGGAUGAUGAUGAUGAUGACAACUCGGGAAAAGAUGGGUAAAAAGACCCUUUGGCUCGUGGAUUCUGUUUUCCUCCUCUGUGGGCAUCGAGCCACCGAGUUAAGCGAAAGCCCCGGUGGGACCAAGGCGAAGGUUAUCGCCAUUUGUGGGGACUGAGUCGAAGGUCAGCUGAAAGGAUAGAAAAGCUUAUGACAGGUAAUGUCUUGAGCAUAGCAACUGAAGAAAAAAGGCCUGAAUUCGGGAAGCUUUCAGAUUUUUGUGGUUAACUGAGAGUCAAUGUAUUGCUGUUUGUAAAAAAAAAAAAGGGGGGGGGAAAA